AUGAUCGUGACCUUCGAAGAAGUUGAACCAACGGAGAAAGUGAUUCCUCAAUCACCAUCGUCGUUUUCUUCACUCCCAGAUGAAAUAACUGAAAUGAUUCUUGCACGCGUCUCAAGGUGGAACUAUCCGUCGCUUUCUCUCGUCUCAAAGAGCUUCCACGCUCUCCUAUCUUCCAUGCAAAUCUACAAGACGAGAUCUCAAAUCGGAGCGGAAGAGACAUGCUUCUAUGUCUGCUUAGAGUUUGACAAUCAACCAUAUCUGAGCUGGUUUAGUCUUUGGUCGAAACCUAACCAAACCCUAACCAAACAGACAGGGGAGAUUAGGUUUAAGCAGGAUUCAAGAGGAAACUCGGUUGUUCCGGCACCGUUUGCUUCUUCCCAUUCUCCUCGCAUAACGUGGCAGUCCACCCAAACGUUUGGUUCCGAGAUCUACGUAAUCGGUGGACCCGACGACCAACCGUCUUCCUCUGUUCGGAUCUUUGAUUGUCGGAGUCACAUAUGGCGUGACGCUCCUAGCAUGUCCGUGGCUCGAGAGAACGCGUGUGCGCUUUUCGUCAAUGAGGAAAUAUAUGUUUUGGGAGGUUGCGAUAUUGACGAGAACUCUGCCAAUUGGUUUGAGGUGUUUGACUUGAAGACUCAGACUUGGACAGCCUUGCCUUGUCCUGGCGUCGAUGAUGAAGAGUUACGCAAUAUUUUACGCGAAUAUAAUGAUAAUUUAAUCAUAUUGGAUGCUUUCCAAGGAAAGCUUUACGUAGCGGUAGUAGGUGAAAAGGAGUAUGCCUACGAGCCGAAAGAUGGAACAUGGAAAUUUGUAAAAGAGCAAUUGAGUUUACCAUUGUACUCCGUAUCUGCUUGGUAUGAGAUAAAGCAUGUAGUAUACUGUUGCACUUUCUCCGGAAAAUUAAUGUGGUCUGUUUCUAAGACUGAGGGUAAAGAAUGGAGAAAGAUCAAGGGUUUGCGAGAACUGCGCAAUGACAGUACAAGGGGUUUAAGAACUGGCAAUCGUUUUGUACUCGGUGACGAUUCUGGGAAACUUUUGGUUUUGUGGGAUGUUUCUGAUACGGAACAACGGAAAAACAAGAUUUGGUAUGCGAAGAUUUCUUUAGAAUCAAGAUGCAAUGGAUGUGAGGUUUGGGGUACGGUUGAUUGUGUCGAUGAGCUUACAUUUCCAUGCGAAAAUUACAAAAUGUUCCAUGUUCUAAGUGCUUCGGUUUAA